CUGGUGGGCUCUGAGCUGUGAUUUAGCUGUUUCCGGUUCAUUAUUUUUUUCCCUUCUUCACACACCUCCAAAAUCCCUUGAAAAACCCACCUCCCCUUUCUCUCUCUCUCCUCAAACCCCAAAACAAAAUCCCUCUCAGAUCUCAGGCCGACGCCCAUUUUGCAUUUUUGGAGGAUUUCUUACAAAACCCAAUUUUUCUAUCUUAGCUGAGACACUAAACAGCCGAAGCCCAUUUUGCAUUUUGGAUGAUUUCUUGCAAAACCCAUUUUUUCUCUCAAAAUCUUCUUGGCUGAGACACUAAACAGCCGACGCCCAUUUUGCAUUUUGGAGGUUUUUCUUGCAAAAUCAAAGUGGCAUUUGCUAAAUCAGAGGUCUCAUGUGAGAUGAGGAAGAAGAUCCACUUCUAUCCUCAUCUCUCUCUUCUCAUUUCCUUCUUUCUUGGCACGAUUGUGUGCCUCUCUUCUGCUGCUUCUCAGCAGAUCUCGACUAUCUCCUCCCAUGGACGCCUCACUGAUGCUGAAGCUAUGUACAUCAAGAAGCGCCAGCUUCUUUAUUACAGAGAUGAAUUUGGUGAUAGAGGUGAGAGUGUUACUGUAGACCCAACUCUGGUUUUUGAGAAUCCAAGAAUUCGAAAUGCUUACAUAGCAUUGCAAGCUUGGAAACAAGCUAUUCUUUCUGAUCCUAUGAAUCUCACUGCCAACUGGGUCGGAUCUAAUGUCUGCAACUAUACUGGGGUUUACUGUGCUCAAGCGCCAGAUAAUAAGACAAUCAGUACUGUCGCCGGCAUUGACCUCAACCAUGGUGAUAUCGCUGGAUACUUGCCGGAAGAGCUUGGUUUGCUGGUGGAUCUUGCAUUGUUUCACAUCAACACCAACAGGUUUUGUGGAACUGUACCUCAUAAGUUCAAGAACCUGAGGCUGCUUUUUGAGCUGGAUCUUAGCAACAACAGGUUUGCUGGGAAAUUCCCUAAAGUUGUUCUCAAUCUACCCAUGCUCAAAUUUUUGGAUCUGAGGUUCAAUGAAUUUGAGGGCAGUGUACCAAAAGAGCUAUUUGAUAAAGAUUUAGAUGCAAUCUUCAUCAACCACAACAGGUUCGUUUUCGAUAUUCCAGACAACUUUGGCAACUCCCCAGUUUCAGUUAUUGUUUUGGCCAACAACAAGUUCCAUGGCUGCGUCCCGUCAAGCUUGGGUAAUAUGACGAAUCUUAAUGAAAUCAUUCUCAUGAAUAAUAAUCUCAAGUCCUGUUUGCCGCCGGAGAUUGGCAUGCUCAAGGACCUGAAUGUGUUGGACGUGAGCUAUAAUCAGUUAAUGGGUCCAUUGCCGGACACGUUUGGAGGUUUGCUUGGUCUUGAGCAGCUCAAUGUGGCUCAUAACAUGCUCUCUGGGAGUAUUCCACCCAGUAUCUGCAAGUUACCCAAUUUGGAGAACUUCACCUUUUCUUACAACUUCUUCACUGGAGAGCCACCUGUGUGCUUGAGCCUCAAGGACUUCGAUGACAGGAGGAAUUGCUUGCCUGCGAGGCCAUCACAAAGAUCACCGGCGCAAUGCAGGGCAUUUAAGCCUGUGGAUUGUAGUGUGUUUAGAUGUAAGCCUUUUGUUCCAUCUUUGCCUGCUCCUCCUCCGCCUUCCCCACCACCACCAGUUUUUGUUCCUCAAUCGCCACCCCCACCACCGCCACCAGUUUACCCUCCUCCUCCUCCACCACCACCAGUGUACUCGCCACCUCCUCCUCCACCUUCACCCGCACCACCAGUAUACUCGCCACCUCCUCCACCACCGUCACCCCCACCACCUUUGUACUCUCCUCCACCACCUUCUCCCCCGCCACCUUCUCCACCACCUCCUCCUCCGCCAGUUUACUCUCCGCCUCCCCCUCCACCUUCCCCACCUCCACCAUCUCCUCCUCCACCUUCUCCACCACCACCUCGCCCACCAGUUUACUCUCCACCUCCGCCUCCACCUUCCCCACCUCCACCGUCGCCGCCUCCUCCAUCUCCUCCACCACCUUCACCAUUGCCUCCUUGUGUGCGACCCCCGCCACCUCCUCCCCCAAAUUCUCCACCACCUCCAUCUCCACCUCCGGUAUUUUCGCCUCCACCGCCUACUCCUUACUAUUACAGCUCUCCACCACCGCCUUCACCACCUCCACCACCGCCUUCACCACCACCGCCUCCACAUUCACCUCCACCACCUAUCUAUCCCUACUUAUCACCUCCGCCUCCACCUAUAUACUCUCCACCUCCUCCAGUCCAUUCGCCACCACCACCCUCUCCACCCCCUUGUAUAGAGCCUCCACCACCACCACCACCACCACCAUGUGUAGAGUAUUCACCCCCUCCACCUUCGCCGCCUCCACCAUCACCGUCGCCUCCACCACCUACACAUUACAAGCCGCCACCAUCCCCAUCACCACCUCCCCCACCUCUACCUGUAACCUAUGCAUCUCCACCACCGCCGGUUCACUACAAUUCUCCACCGCCACCAUCUCCAUCACCACCUCCUCCAGCUCCAGUGUACGAGGGACCAUUGCCACCGAUCACCGGGGUCUCGUACGCGUCACCUCCUCCACCACCCUACUACUGAUUCUUUUGAGAAUUAUCUCCUCUGACCUUUCAUCAAAUUCAUCAAACAAAAAAAAAAGACUAAAUUUGUCAAGAGGGCUUCUUUUCUCUUUGGGCAAUUCUCAUCGCUCCCAGAGAAAAGAAUAAGAAGCAUAUUUGGAAAAUGGUCUGUGCAGUUUUAGGAUUGAAUCCUCUCCAACAAAUGGUCUCUGCGGACAAGCAUUAUCUCAUUAUUGAUUAAGAAACGCAGAGAACAAGGUAGAGAGAGGUAAGAGGAGAUAGUUUCUCCAUAUUUAUUCGAAUUGUUAUGGAAUAUUUGAGUCGCAUAAAUAAAAAUAAGAAAAUUGCAGAGAAAGAGUAGGUUUGCAGAGAAAGUUGUAUGUAUAGUGAUGGAUUGGAGACCAUAAUCAGGGCUACUGCUGCUGGUUUCGGGCCUUUCAUUGUUCUUCUUCUUCUUCUUCUUCUUAUAUACUUUUUUUUUCUUUUCUUUAUUUUUUCUUUUCAAUUUUAUAGUAUAAUCAUGAUUAUUUCAUUUGUAUUGAUUUCCUGAAUUCAGUCUCAUUUUCUUUUUUUGCUUCA